AUGGAGAAGUCGAGUUAUAGCGAGACAGUCGUCACCGAUGGUGAUAAAAAAGAUGUAGAAAAUAUAACUGCAAUAGAAAUCGAUGGCGAUUAUGCGAAAAACGGUGAUGUUGCUAUGAAAUCGGCUUUUGAGUCGCAGGGCCUUGAGAUAGAUGACGCAGUCAACAAUCGACUUUUAACCAAGACAGAUUCAUAUGUUUGUACAAUAAUGAGUAUCGUGUAUGCAAUACAGUACAUGGAUAAACAAACGAAUUCUUACGCAUCUAUUAUGGGAUUGAGGGAAGAUUUGGACAUGCUGGGUGACAAGUAUACCUGGGUCGGUACUGUUUUCUAUCUUGGUUAUCUUGUUUUUGAGAUUCCUAGCAGUUUGUUGUUGCAAAAACUUCCUAUUGCAAAGAUCAGUGGGAUUUUCAUAAUUGCCUGGGGAUUAGUCUUAAGCUUAACUUCAUUGCCUCAGACCUACGCCGGAUUUAUAGCUGCUCGUACUGUUUUAGGUGCGCUAGAGUCUGCCGUCACUCCAGCGUUUGUUCUUUUUACUUCUCAAUGGUACAAAAGAGAAGAGCAGUUUUUGAGAGUAGCAAUAUGGAGUGCUUCUUGCGGCAUUGGUGCUAUAAUUGGUACUGCAAUUGCGUAUGGAUUAGCUGCGUCCGAAAACUUACCAAUGACAUCUUGGAGGUUGCUUUAUGUGAUAUUGGGUGUUAUUACUAUUGCCCUAGGGUUUUUGUUUUUGUUAAUUGUGCCAGAUAAUCCCACGAAGGCUUGGUUUUUGAGCAAAGAGGAGAAGCUAUUGGUCGUCGAGAGAAUUCGCUCCAACAAACAAGGAUUUGGUAAUAGCAAAUUUAAGUGGUAUCAGGCCAAAGAAGUGGUCAAGGACGUGCGAACAUAUAUCUAUUUUUUUGUCAUCGUUGCCGCUGAAAUACCAAAUGGUGGUAUUGGUAGCUUUGGAUCUAUAAUGUUAACGAAUAUGGGCUAUGAGAGUAGCCAAGCUUUAUUAAUGGGGACUCCACAAGGAGCUGUUGAGUUUGUGGGCAUUAUACUUGUUGCUUACAUUGCCCAAAGAUAUCAAAAGAGAAUGGCAGCUGCUGUAUUUAGUUACAUUUUGAAUAUAAUAGCUGGCUCUCUUUUGGCAUUUCCUUCAAACACAAAGGCUCAGCUAGCAGGUUAUUACCUUCUAGGUAUGGCAGUAAUAGGCUGGAUAUCUUUUAUGAGUUGUGUUUCCUCAAAUUCUGCUGGACAUACCAAGAAAGUUCUUACAAGUGCCAUAACGUUGAUUGCUUACUGUGUAGGUAAUUUAAUUGGGCCCCAAACAUUCCGUUCAGAUGAAGCACCAGGUUAUAAGAGUGCAAAGAUUGCAAUUGUCGUGUGUUUCGCCAUCUGUUUAGCUUUAUCAAUUCUCCUCUAUGUGAUAAAUGUUCGAGAAAAUCGCAGGAGGGAUCUUAAAAACGAAAAAUUGGAUCCGUCAUUUGUAAAUUCUGAGUUUGCAGAUCUAACAGAUUUCGAGAAUCCCGAGUUUCGUUAUGCUUUAUAG